GUCGCCGCCGCGCUCGCCACGCCACGCCACGCCACGCCGCGCGCGCGCACAGCAAUGGAGCUCUCGCUUGCCUCCGCGAAGCCCUCGCCUCGCGCCGCCGCCGCCGCCGCGGCGGCGGCGGCGGCAUCGUCGUCGCUGCUGUCGCUGCGGGGGAGGAGGAGGAGGGUGGGGGUGGUGUGCGCGGCGGUGUCGUCGGGGGAGGAGGUGUUCGGGGGGAGGAGGGAGCUGGCGGGGGUGCAGCCGCUGGUGGAGGCGCUGCCGCCGGUGGCGAGGGCGGUGGUGGAGCUGGCGGUGGUGGCCGCGGCGGCGGCGGCGGGGUACGUGGUCGGGCUCCGCGCGGGGGGCACGCGGACCACGACGGUGGCGGGCGCGGCGGCGCUCGGGGCGGUCAGCGUCGCGGGCGCCGCGGCGGUGAACUCCGCCGUGCCCGGGGUCGCCGCGGCGGGGCUGCACAACUACGUCGCCGGCUCCGACGACCCCACCAAGCUGGAGAGCAGCGAGGUGGAGGCCAUCGCGAGCAAAUACGGCGUUAGCACAGAGGAUGCAACCUUCAAGGCCGAGCUCUGUGAUUUGUAUGGCAGGUUUGUUUUCUCAUUAAUUCAUCCAGGAUAUGAAGACCUUGAAGGUACUGAAGUUGAGACUAUUAUAAAGUUUAAAAAGGCCCUUGGGUUGAAUGAUAUAGAUGCUGCAAAUGUGCACAUGGAGAUUGCUAAACGCAUUGAUCGCAAUGCUGGUGUAGGACAACAGCAGGCAUUUGAAAAGCUUAUAUUUGUAACAAAUCUUGUGUUUCGGGAUGCAUAUGAAUACCUACUUCCAUGGAAACGUCUUUUCGGGGUUCAUGAAUCUCAGAUAGACGAUGUUAUGAGGGAAAGUGCCAAGAGUUUAUAUGCAUCAUUGCUCAAGUCUAUUGGGAGAGGUCUUGACAUAGGCACAUUAAUUGAAGUAAGGAGAUCACAACUAGCAUAUAAACUUUCUGAUGAGAUUGCUUCUGAGAUGUUCAGGGAGCAUGCAAAGAAGUUAGUUGAAGAAAACAUUUCAACAGCCUUGAACAACUUGAAUAACCGAACACAGGUUGUUGAAGAAGUGAAAAGCAUCCUUUCAUUUAAUGGUAUGCUUACAGUACUGAGCAAUUUCCCGGGAGAAGAAAGAUUUGUCCGCGGGCUUGGGCCUAUUACAUUAGGUGGAGACAGUGAUCAUGAAAAGAGGGUAGAGGAUCUAAAGAUGCUCUAUAGUGCCUAUGCAAUGGAGGUACUUUCAGAUGGACAUCUUAACGAUGACAAGCUUGCGGCUUUGAAUCAACUGAGGAAUAUAUUUGGACUGGCGAAGUACGAAGCAGAAGCAAUCAUCACAGAUGUCAAGGCUCGAGUAUUUCAGACCUACUAAAUUCUUUAACAAUGAGUUGGCUGCGACCCCAAAGAAGGCAGAGUUCCUCCAAGAUAUCUGCGAAGAGUUGCAAUUUGAUCCUCUCAACUUGCAAGUAAGAUGCAUGAAGGUGCCAUCCUGACACCUUCCCUUGUUCCACCACUAGUUUCACAACGUAGCUGCCCUGACCGCCUUGAAAUCUGGGCAAAUUGAGAACUGGGUUUCUCUUGGUGGCUCUAUCUAUAUAUAUGGUACUUAGAGAAAAUAACAUUAUAAUAUUGCAGGCCCUAUUCCUUUUCAAUAUCUGCUUAUACUAUGUGUAAAUACACUCUAAUAUAAUAAUAUUAUAAUAAUUAGAGGCCUCUAUUCCCCUCUGGCUGGCUUUUGUAUUUAGAGGACUGAGAGAACUGGGACAGUACUCACUGAUUGUUCAUAUUUAUGUAUUAGUUCAUGUGUUGUGUAUACUGUAUACAUAGACAUAUUUGGUUGUUUUUGGGAGUGUA